GUCGAUGACGCGCAGUGGUGCAGAGCGAAAACGACGCUGGUAAAGCAAGGCUGCUCGCACCUCAUGCAUCCCCUUCGCAUGCCCUUCCUCUGUGUGUGUCUGUGUGUGUCCAUCGACAGGAAGCUGAACAAGCGCCUUCAGGCCACCGCGUCGUGGCUGGGGGGUGACGGCCAGUCUGACUCGACAUGGAUCUCCCACGCGGGCAGCGCACCGGCCAUCCUCAACCCAUCGAUGGUCAUCACACCUCGAGGCUUCUCGAGGCCACCAGGGGGGCCUGAUGAGCGGCGGACCGAUGGGGGGAGUCCAAUGGUGCCGCUUCUGGGGAGCGGUGGCUUCCCGCCUCGCGUGUCUGGGCAGGCCGCGUCUGACAGGGGAGGGGUGACCUUGUCAGACAGGGAGUUCCAGAUGGGCAGCCAAGACUCGGGCGGAUCUCUCGGUGCGCGAGGGAAUGGACGGGGAUUGUCCACUGCUGACCUCACUUUCUGUCUGUUUCUGCCAGGUGACGAGUCUGAGGAUCCCCGGUUUCCUGCUUUCAGCGAGCCGGCGCCAUACCAUCUCUCAGGUCACACACACAGCCGGCCAUAUGUGCGCUUGCAUCCACACGUCUUGUUAUUUUGUUCUUCCUGCAUGUAGCUGCGGAGCGUACGUGUCUGAAGACGCUGGCCCGCAUGCGUGAGGCGAUAGACCCCGCCAGUCCCUUCCACAUGCUGAUGGACCGGCUGUGUCGCAUGGUCUUCAAGAAGGACUUCUGUGUGCUCGACCAGUGGACGAGGGCAACCACUACCAUGAUCGAAAAUGUAUGCCAGCCAGCACUGCUGGAGAGCACCCCCAUGGGCUCCGCAUGUCAAUGGAUACUGUGUGGUGGUGUGUUCAGGCGACGGCGAGCGCGAUCGAGGUUGAGGUGGCCCAGUGCGACUUUCUCUGCCUAAACCCCACCAUCCACGAGGCAGCCGGAGAUAAGGUACUCACCACAUCGCAACACGAUGACGCCCCACCACGCAUUGACCAUUGUCUGUUUCGGCCUGCCUGCCUCCGUGCCUGGCUGCCUGCAGUCCUUCCCUCCUGACGUGAAUCGGAAGAUGAUGCGUGGUGGGGAGGCGUACGUCAUCCCCUCUGGCUGGUGCCGCCUGGGCAUCAAGGGCGGAGAGCUGCCGUCACACUGGUGUGUCGCAUUCGCCGGUACGCAACCCACCACAUACUCACACAGCCUCAGACACAGCCACAUGCGAUGGAUGAAUGUGUGUGUUUGUGUGUUCAGGCAAGAACUUCUCUCGGCGGAACUCGCUGUUUGAGAACAACAUCCUGCUGCCGGGCAUCUUCUACCGCGACGGCACUGUCCUGCUGCGCCGCUUCGACGUCCCCCCGCCGAAGUCCCCCGCACUCACACCCUUCGCCACGGCCGCACCCACACCAUCGCCUCCCCUGCUGCACAAGGAACUCCCGGCAUCCAGCCACAGCGACACGUCCUUUCUCUCCCUGCAGUCAUCCGAGGCUUCGGGCAGCGAAUUGGACAGCGAGCGGCAGCAGCGGCGUGCGACAUCUGCGGUGGAGGGGCGGGCGAUGCGAAACCUGCCGGCGGUGACGGAGGCGUCUCAGAGUGUGCACUAUGCGGGGCUGCACUCGCAGCCCCAUGCGCUGGAGCGGUCGUAUGUGCAGUUCUCAUUCCAGGUGCUGGUGCACCCGCAACACGUCAGGCGGACUAAGGGUAGGGUGAGCGGGGGAAAUCCAUCCACACAUUCACAGAGAUGAGUGUGACGAUUGUGUAUCGUGUCUGUCGGUGUGCAGGCCAGCUGGCGGCGGCCAUAUGGCCCUGUGAGCUGCCUUUUGACCCCAACUACCCGGACAACGAGCUCGAGUGGCACAUACGCGACCCAUCCAAGGUCAUCAUCAUGGGCCUCCUAUUCAGAGAGGUCAGCGAGCGACCGCACAGACGUCCAUAGUGACAACACACAACAGCGGCCUGCUCUGUGUGUGUGUGCGUCAGGUGGCGGUGCAUCCGUUCGACCUGAAUCUGCGUCGGCAGCAGGAGGUCGAGGCCUUCAGGCAGAUGCGCAUGCGCGAGCCACCCGCCAUAUGGCUCUACAAAUACGCCGACCACUCACAGCCUGUCCGAUUCCCAACCGGUGAGGAAGCGAGACCACACACACACACCCUCAUGUCAUGCACAAGGACAGGCAGGCAGGCAGAUCGGCCCACGGCUGUGUCGUGUUGUGUCGUGUUGUGUCGCGUUGUGCUGUGUGUCAGGCAUCCAGAGUUUGCUGAACAGUGAGUAUCGUGCGGGCAAGGCGCGAUCAUCGGCAUUUCGGCUUGAAGACAUGGACAUCCAUGGAGCCUGUUAGCCAUCAUAGACAGGCGGGGAGGGAGCCAACACCAACAGCCGUCUCUCUCUCUCUCUCUGUGUGUGUGUGUGUGUGUGUGUGCAGUCGCGCCCGGUGCGCCUGCGGUGUUGUGGGACGUCGUCUUCAUGAUCCCUGCCCUCAGACAGGUACGCACACACCAGCCACAUACCCCUCUUCAUCUGUCAAGGUAUCGUUCUUUCCGUCAGGUGAACAACCCUACAGUGUGUUUCUCGGUCACCCGUGUGGUGCAGGACGACCGGCCGGCCCCCCACGACCCACUGCGCGCUCUCGGGAGCGACAGCAGCGCGGCCCCCAUCACCGUCGACCUUGCCAACUUGCGGGGUCACCACUUCAUCCCCGGCAUGCGGGAGGAUACUAAUCCGCCGGGCGUGGGUGGUGUGGGUCUGGGGCUGCGUCUGCUGCCGCAGUUGCCGCAGUCUGAGGGGCCGGGGCUGCCCAGGACAGAGGCUAUCGACCACGCCAGAUGAGCCGUGAUGGCGAACCGGAGAGGCGAGAGGGGGCGCUCAGCUACUACUAUUUUUCUUGGCUGACCUGGUGCGACCAACGUGCAUCUAUCUGCCCACCUCAUGUGACAGAUGCACCAUCUCACGUGUCUAUGUUCCCCUUGCGUACGGCACGGGGUUAAGUGGCGAGGUGCGGAGACGUCCUGCGGGGUGCUGUAUGCGUGUGUGCCUGCUUGACUGGUGUGUGUGGAGUUGGGGUGUAGUGGUUGUUGAGGGUUUGAGCGUCGGAGCUCCCGCUCCCAUAUGUUCCUUAUAAGGAUGGGAGAAUGGGAGACACUCGCUGACAAUUGCGUGACUGACUGGCCGACCGACUGGCUGACUGGCUGACUCGCUGAAUGAGGGGCAACAUGGGGAUCAUGAGAGUGUGUGACCGAGUCGAUUGCAUGCAUACACAUAGAUUGCAUGCAUACACAUACAUGCCUUCAGAUGGAGACACAGCAUCGCCAGGUUGUGUCUGCCAUUUAUUGCCUCUUGUGGUUGUGCGCAUCUGUUGGAGCUUUUCUAUUUUUGCGCGUCCAUGAAUGGCCCUCCACAUCUGCCGGAGGUCAGAGUCAGCUCAGAUAAAUCCACUGCGCGUCCGUGUGACCUUGCAGCCACCGUGUAUGUGUGACUUGUCAACCUUCAGCGGUAUCGUCGGCCUGGUGGUGAGGGCGGGGCUCAC